UAAAUAAAAUGCCUGAGCACUGAUUUGUCAACAAACUCUCGGAAAACUUGCGCAUUAAAACCGGGAUUUCAACCUAUAGCCACGUAUAUCCACCGGAAUGGACUUGAACAACGUCAGGCGCGUGUCUUCCGCGGGCUACCGGCUACCGGAACGAGCCUGCGGGGUCGCGCCGAUAACGAGCCGGCCGCCGGCGGACCGGACGAUGCGCGCCAAAGGAGGAGGAGACCACGCGGAGUCGGACCGGAGAGAUCCCGUGAAGCAGGACCGGGUCUGGAAAGAGGCGGUGCAGAGCGAGAGGAGAGGCGCGCGGGAGUGGGAGAAGAACUGGAACUUUCUCAAGAACUAUGAUCAGAUGGGGCAGCUGAAGCCGCAGGAGCCUUUGCCCAGCUACGUGUCGCUCUUCUCCGACCACGUCCCCAACACGAGCAACCAGAUGUUCGGCAGCAGGCUGUCCACCCCGCUCGGGAUCUCCGUGGUCCGGCUGGACCGGAUGUCGCACGGGAGACACCGCAGGAGCGAGCUGGACCCGGAGAUGCAGCCGUGCUAGAGGAAGAAGGGGGAGUCCUGACUGAGGAGGACAUGCAGUCAGAGUUUACAGUGUGCACGAGAAUAUAUGUUUUUGUUUUUAUUCCCCCCCCCCCCCAUUUAAAAAUAUGUUACGUAUUGUAACGCCGCUUUAAUAAUGCCAGUCAGUAUAUUGAUCAGCUGUAAAAUAAAGUUUGUACAUGUUA